AGUCUAACGAAACGAAACAUGGCGGGCGAUACAUUGUUGAUUCUGUUUUGGACAGUUUUAGCAGUUGUAUUUGGAAUAUAUGCGCUCUGGAAGUAUCUUAGAUCUGGGAAUACCAAAUCACAGAAAAGUUUAACUGUUCAAGCCUCUGAAACUGUAAAAGAGGCGCGUUUGAAAUAUUUUAUUGGUAACCAGGAAGUAGUCACAAGCGAAACUCGUGACAUGUCCACUAAUUCUGGUGCAAAAUAUGAGAUUAUUUCCUCGGAAGAAACGAGAGAAGAGGAAAGAGAACCAGACAUAACUGACGCUAAACUAGAUUCUGUAGCUCGCCAGCCUUCUUUGCAGUACACCAAGUUCACUGACGGACCAAGUAAGAUGAGCGGAGUCGGCAAAGUUGCAGACAACAGUUUCGAUCCAGAAACGGGUAUGCCGAUUACUCGACCACUUAAAACAUUAGAUGAGGCCUUGUCUUGGAGACAGGGAUUUGACUUUUUUAACGUAGCCUCAGUUCCAUUGAGUGAACAGGGCAGGAAGACGGAGAAGAGACCUCGGACUUUAGUGUGUCAUGACAUGAUGGGAGGGUAUAUUUUUGACAGGUUUGUACAAGGCUACAGCUCAUGUGAUUGUUAUCGGAUAUACCACUGGCAGCUUAUUGACGUAUUUGUGUACUUCAGUCAUCACUUUGUUACAAUACCACCCCCGUGUUGGACCAAUGCUGCCCACACCCAUGGGGUACCAGUGCUAGGAACUUUAAUCACAGAAAACCAAGACGGUGUAGUUAGGUGCAGUAAAUUUUUAAAGGAUACAUCAUCAGUAGAGGCUCUUGUGAAUCAGCUUGUCAAUAUAGCUGAGUAUUAUGGAUUCGAUGGAUGGCUUUUAAACAUUGAAAAUCAUAUUCAGCCAGUUCAGAUCAACAAUCUUGAGGAAUUUGUGAAGAGCUUGACGACUGAGAUGCAUGAACGCAUCCCUAAUUCACUUGUUAUCUGGUAUGACAGUGUAACUUACAAAGGAGACCUUGCUUGGCAGAAUGAGCUGAAUGCAAACAACCGAAUUUUUUUUGAUGUCUCUGAUGGUAUAUUUUUGAACUAUGGUUGGAAGGAAGCUCAUCUGAUGAGAUCAGCUGCUGCUGCAGGACGGCAACGUCAAACUGAUGUCUAUGUUGGGGUGGAUGUUUUUGGGCGUGGCUGCUAUGGGGGUGGUGGUUAUAACUCAAAAGUGGCAUUUAAGGUGAUUAGAGAUGAGAAGCUAUCUGCAGCACUGUUUGCUCCAGGAUGGGUUAUGGAGGAACACGGGAGUGAACAUUUCACUGUCAAUAAUGACAAGUUUUGGAAUCUUUUGGAUCCCUUUUGUACUGUGCACACCUCUAUAAAAAAGAUGCCCUUUGCGACAUCCAUGUGCCGUGGCUAUGGAAAGACUGCUAGCAUUGAUGGAAAGGCUGUCCUAUCAACACCUUGGACAAACCUUAGUGCACAGCAAUACCAGCCCUCAUUCAACGAUACAUUCUUCAGUCUGGGUGACAAGGAUGGCUUGAUAAUCAGCUCUGUAGAGUUCACCACUGAUGAGGCAUACAAUGGUGGAGGUUGUCAGGUGAUCAGUGGUUGUGUCAACUCCUCACAAGCCAUAUCCAGGGGUGUGGUGAGGCUGUUUAAAACGGACAUGCUCAUGACAGGUCCUUUUCUGGUGUCAUUCUCUUUCAAGUUGUGUCCAAGUGUUCCCGUGUUAGUGGCGCUUCAGCUUCAUCUCGACACAAUGCCUACUUACAUUCUUCUCUGUCCUGCCUCAUCAGAUGACCAAGAUCCUGGUAACUCAGAGGAGACUGAACAAAAUAACAAGCUGAUUCGUCGAUAUGGAGUGCCAAAGUCCCGACCGUUAACGUCAUCAGUGUUCAUGUCUCCUAUUCGUCAGGAGCAUUAUCGAUUGUUUCAACCUCUGACUGGUUCUUUCCAUGACUCAGUGCAGCAGGCUCACGGAUUAAAAGAAAGCAGAGAUGACUGCGGUUCAGAUUGGCACACAAGGUACUACCUGCUUGCUGAAAAAGAGUUAGUGGGUCUCAAAGUUCAGGAAAUCCGAGUGAUUUGUGCUGUAUGUCCUGGUGCACAAACUACAGGAGCCUUCAAACUUCACGUUGGAGAAAUUAAGAUUAUUGAUCCACGAGUUAUCAAACAACCGAUUGUGUUAGCAAAGGAUCUAAGGUGCCAGGACAUCGAGUGGAAGUCCACAGAGAAGGGGUACCAAUUGAGCCUCACUCUCAUGUGGCAUUGUCCGAUCAACGAUGGCCAGGUCGACGAGCCUGCGCACUACAACAUCUUUAGAGUGGCGGAAGGAUCCAAUAUUUUUUUGGGUCGAGCUUUUGUGGAGGCGUAUCGAAUUGGUCAGAUAGCUGUGUCGAAAACGUGUUCCUCUAUAGAAUUUGCUGUUCAGGUUGUGACCAGAUCUGGACGAAAGAGGCCUGUUAGCGAUUGUAGCUACUUUAAGUUGAAAUGGUAAAGCGAUUUCUACACUCCUUUGAAAAUCGCCCUGUGGGAAAUAAAUUCGUAUAACGUUUAAAUGUAAUAUAUAUACUUGGAACUGUCAUACCCUUGGCUAAGAAAUUAGCCAAUUUGCCCAGGAGCAAGAAAAAAUAUCAGAACGAAUGAUAUAAAGCCAUAGAAUGGUCAUAAGUUAUGAAAAAAGCUGCUAUUACCAAGCUUAAAUUUAAAAGGAAAAAAAUAUAGCUUUCACUAGUCAUUAAUCUUUAAAUUGAUACAUGAAUUAAUCUGUAAUGGCGGUUGCCAAAAAUAAGCUGAUUGAAGAUAUGGCUGAAGAAAAAGUGGUAGGAGCGUUUCACGUACUGUAUUUUGUGGCUUAACCGGCCAAAUGGAAACUACUGGCUCUAUUACGCAUUCUAUUAUAAGGUCAAUUACCCACGUAUUUUGAUUGGCUCUCGCUUCUUAUCUUAGCUUUUGGAGGACAGACGCAUAAAUUUAAGAGAUAGACCGCACUUUCUAUCGGUUUACUGCCGUAAUAUUUCAUUUAAAUCAGGAGUCGAAGGCGAAUGAUUUAUUCAUUUUCCAAGUGUUCUCCCAAC